AUGAAAAAAGGUGAAAUAGUUGAAACUGGACGUCAUGAUGAAUUAAUUGCUAAACAAGGUGUAUACUUUGGUCUUGUCCAAGCCCAAGAAUUAGAAACUAAAAAAUCUGAAAAAAAAGUUGAAGAAGAGGAGGAGGAAGAACUUGAUUCAAGUCCUAGAUUUCAGGAUGAUACUACUGUUUUAAUAGAUGAAAAGAAGAAUAAAUCACAUUUAAGAAAUUCUAAAGAAUCAAUUAUUAAACCCAUAAAAACUGAUGAUGAAAUUAUAAAAGAAGAAAUGGAGAAAAAAUUAUUACAAAAAAUGCCUUUAUCAAGAAUAUUUAAAAUGUGUAAACCUGAGUAUGGAUUAAUGUUUAUUGGUUGUAUUGGCGCUGGAAUUAAUGGUUCUGUUGUACCUUUAUUUAGCUUGAUAUUUGCUUCAAUUCUGCAGGUUUUUUCACGGACUGAUCAACCUGAUGAACUUCGACGAUCGUCAAAUUUAUGGUCUUUAUGUUUUGCAAUUUUGGCUGUUGUCUCUUUAUUUGCAAGUUUUGCUCAAUUAGGAAUGUUCAUGUUAUCUGGUGAACGUCUAACAAAACGUCUUCGAAAAUUAACUUUUGAAGCAUUAUUAAAACAAGAAGCUUCAUACUUUGAUGAUGAAAAAAAUGGGACUGGUGUGUUAACUUCAAAAUUGGCUGUAGACGCAACAAAAGUUGAAGGGUUAAGUGGUGGUCUAAUGGGAGUUAUUAUACAGACUGGUUUUAAUAUAGUAGUGGGAUUUGGACUUGCCUUUGUUGUCGGUUGGAAGCUAGCUUUAGUAAUUAUUGCUACUUCACCAGCUGUUGUAAUUGUUGGCUUUUUAGAAAUGAGAUCGGUGGCUGGUGUUGGUUCUAAGACACGUGCAGCAUAUGAAGGUACUGGCAAAAUAGUUCAACAAAGUGUUUCCAAUAUGCAAACAAUUGCAGCAUUAACUAGAGAAGAAACCUUUAAAAAAUUAUAUCAAAAUGCAUUAAGAGUGCCACACAAAAUCGCAAUUAAAGGAAGUUUAUUAUCAUCAUUUGGUGUUGGUACAUCUCAAGGGAUUUUAUACUUUAUUUGGGCUCUAUCAUUUUGGUAUGGUUCUCGAUUAAUCAAAUCUGGUGAAUAUGAUUUAAAACAAAUGCUUCGUGUUAUGUUUGCCGUUGUGUUUACUGCUAUCGAUGCCGCAAAAGCAAAAGUCGCAGCUCUCUCAAUCUUUGAAAUUUUAGAUAGAAAAUCUCUUAUAGAUCCUACAGAUAACGAAGGAAAAGAACGUCCUACACCAAUAUUAGGAGAUUCUUCAUUCAAAUCUGUUUGUUUCAAUUAUCCUGCUCGCCCUAAUGUAUCAAUACUUCGAGGCUUAGACUUGUCAAUAUAUUCUGGAAAAACUAUUGCACUUGUUGGAUCAUCGGGUUCAGGGAAAUCAACAGUUGUUUCGUUAUUACAAAGAUUUUAUGAUGUAAAUUCUGGAGAAAUUGAAGUUGAAGGCGUUAAUGUAAAGCAAUGGAAUUUAGAAUAUUUAAGAUCGAAUAUGGCAUUGGUUGGACAAGAACCUGUGUUAUUUGAUUUGACUAUUGAAGAGAAUAUUGCAUAUGGAAAAGAAGGUUGUACUAGAGAAGAAAUUGAAAUUGCUGCGAAAGAAGCAAAUAUUCAUAAUUUUAUUACUUCUUUACCGGAUGGGUAUAAUACACGUGUUGGUGAAAAAGGAACACAACUUAGUGGUGGUCAAAAACAGAGAGUUGCAAUAGCACGAGCUUUAAUUCGUUCUCCGAAAAUUUUAUUACUUGAUGAAGCAACUUCAGCACUAGACUCUGAAUCUGAAAAGGUUGUACAGAAUGCGUUGAAUAAAGCCAGUAAAGGCCGUACAACACUUGCGAUAGCUCAUCGAUUAUCAACAAUUCAAAAUGCUGAUUUAAUCCUGGUUUGUAAAAAAGGUAAAAUUGUUGAAUCCGGUAAACAUUUUGAUUUAAUAAAUCAAAAAGGAUUAUAUUAUGAAUUGGUUACCAAACAAACUUUAAUAACGAAAAAAAAUUAA